CGGGGGGGGGGCGUUAGGAGCCACCCCAGACCAGGGCCACCUGUCCUCCUGGGUGCUGCAGCUGAGAGACGUGGCUUGGGGCUGGAUGACCACCACUGAUGGCCCCAUCCAUCUUCUCGGUUCUGCGUCGUCGGCCGUAGCUGGGUGGGCGCUUCCCCAGAACAACAGGAAGCAUGCGAGCCGACACGUGUCGUGUAAGCGUGUCUGGGCGUGUCUUGCCGCACGUGUCUCCGCACGUCGGGGGCCCAGAAGCAGCUGGAAGAUCCCCCGAGGAAUGGGAAUGUAGAUUCAGAGGGUCCCGGGGGUGAUCUAGUCCAACCCCAAGCAAAGCAUCAUGAAAUCAUAGAACAGUCGGGUUCGAGGGAGGUGGGGAACCCAGCCAGAUAGGUGGGUUGUUGUUAUUGUUGUUGUUGUUAUUCAGUCAUGAUUCCAGAAAUGAAUUGGCCAGGUGAUGCCUGCAAGGCUGAGUCUUUGCGUAAAACCGGGGAAGAAAUCAUAGGGUUGCAGCGUCGGAAGCGGGUUAGACUGGAUGACCCUGGGUGUCCCUCCUAGAAAAGACAUCAAAAUAAAAAUACAUAAUAAAAUACAUAAAAAUAAAAAUGCACAAUUGCAUGGCAGGGGGUUGGGCUAGAUGACCCUGGGUGCCCCUUCCAGCUUCAUGCUUCAAUGUUGACAUUCCUGAGAUUCCCGCCCUGGGUUCGUGUCCUGGCGUGGCAGCCAGCAGGGAACUGGGAGUCCUGCCAGGACCAGUAUCCGCCCGGCAGCUGGAACUGGGUGCCUGCCAAGCAGGGAGAAAUACAAAUAGAAAUAGAAAUUUGGAUCAGGAGAGGCUGGGAAGAGAACGGCGUGUUCCUCUUCCCAGGAAAGAAGGAGGAGGUGGCGGGUUCGAGGUCCGUGCUCCAGCAUUAUCUGAUGUUCUGGUGCAUUGGCGAUCCGGAUUCGAGAGCCAUCGGCGACAAGAUUGAGCAGGCCCUGGACCUGGUGAAGACCCAUCUGGUGUACGCCGUGCGAGAGGAGGUGGACCUUCUGAAGGACCAGAUCCAGGAGCUUCUGGAGAAGAACGGGCGUCUGCAGCGGGAGAACCACCUGCUCAAGAACUUGGCCAGCCCAGAACAGCUCCAGAACCUCGAGUCCUGUCAGCCCCUGCAGGUCCGGCCGCCCUGCCCUGAAGACCUAAGAGCCCGGAAGAUGAAGGUCCACCAAGACCUUGAGAUCCUUCUCCCAGGUCCUUCUAGAAAACCAAACUCCCAUCUUAGAUCUGGUUCCUCCUCCCUCAAUGCCGAACCUGGCAUUCCUCCCACUUGAAAUAAACUUGGGGAGAUUCAGGUGAAGUUGGUGGUCCAAGAAGACCUCAAGAACCUCCUCCCAGGUCCUGCUACCAAGCUUGGUGGCCCAUCAUGACCUUAAGAUCCCCACCCCCAACCGAUGAACUCCAACUUGGGGACUCCUUCCCUCUCUCUCAGUCUGCUAGAGAUCGGACUGGACUCGAACUCAGGACCGUCCUGGGACGAGAGGACCUAGUGUGGAGCAUCAUGAUGAAGACCUGGGUUUCUCCACUGACGUCUUCUGGGGAGGGAGAUAUCGGCUAGCUGCAUCAGGGGAACGCUCUGGAUUUAAUUUAUAUUGUAAUUUAUCAAAGCUUCUCUCUUUGAAAUUGGAAGUUUGGCAUUUACAUGGGUAGAGUUUCUAUAAUCUAUCUAUCUAUCUAUCUAUCUAUCUAUCUAGUGUUCUUGCUAAAAGUUAAUAAAUAAUAGGGUUUUUUGGGGGUGGGGGGUGGGGAAAGAGGGCUGAUUGUUUUUCUUCCAUUAAUGAUUUUUGCAUAUUCUGUAUUUGCAUAUUCUGCGUUUUGCGUAUUGUGAUUUUUAUACCUGCAGGAUCGGGUGACCUAGCAAUAAAUAGAAAUGGAAUCUUCUUCUGUAUCCUGCUCUGUUGGGUGAGGGCAAACCGGAGCAUGUGCAGAGGGCAGCCAAUCAGGAAGCCAUCCUUAGCUCCUCCCUUUUUCCGGAGGAGCCUCCAUGGGGUGGCUCUGGGCAAUGGCACUCUGCAUGCAGCCAAAGGUGCCUUUGCCACUGCCAGGAGAGUGGCAGUUCAAAGGGGUCUAUUGGGGGAUCAUAGAAUUGGCAGGGUGUAAUUAACAAAUUUAAGAAUGAAUCAUAAUGAGGUGAAUAUAAUCUUCAUAAAAUUUCAUAAAAAUAAUGAUUUUAACAUAAUCGUUGCAAAAUUUAAUAACAAAUCAUAAUGAUGUGAAUAUAAUCAUAAGAUUGAAUAAAAACAAGAAUUUUAAUAUAAUUGUUGCAAAA